AAAAACCAGCUAGCACAUUCAGUCCAGAGCGCUCUGAUACGGCACGUCGUGUCUACCUCACUGCCAAAGACUGAAACUCUUUCUUUUACCUACUUUGCUGUGUUUUCAAUCACCUGAGGUGAAUUUUUACUCGUUUUCAGAUGGAUUUGUGGUCGUGGAUUAGUCCGUGUUGUUUAUUUAGGCAGUGUUGAGUGCAUGGACUAUGCUCACCUCAUCCGAUUAAAAAAGGGGGAGUGGAGGAAUUGAUUCUGUGGAGGGAGAAGCUCCAUGACAGAGACCGACUGUACAGGUGAGACACAGAACAAUUCUAAAGAUGCAAAGGAUCACCACAGCGUCUGUGUCCCUGAAUACAACAGCAGUCACCAAAUCUAAGGAUCAAAUCCUCACCCAGAGCUCAGGAGCCAUGAUAGCUGUAAUCGUCAUUGGAAUAAUCAUCAUUCUCACAUUUCUGCUCAUAGUUCUCAAGACGUACAACAGGAGAACCCAUGCGAAAAGGAUGAUGGCAGGGAGCACCACCAAAACCAGAAAGAAGGUCUCCUCUACUACCACAAAUACAAACCUGGCCAUGAGCAACCUGGCAAGUUCAGUCAAUGGAAGCUUCACGCAUUCCAACUCCAACGCACCUUCAGAGAGCGAAUUUCGCAUACCACGGGUGAACCUCAGUAACAUGGACCAAAGUAACGGAGAGCAUUUCAGCAACACAAGCGGUUCAACCAUAGUGACGAUACAUGAUGUGCCAACAGUGGACAACACAUAGCAGAACAACCUCUGGACUCACAUGUGUAGAAACACAGAGACACCACGAUGAACAAAUCUGUGAAAGAGGCCCAAGAAAUGGGGCCCAGAUUCACUGCACAACUGGGGUCUUGUGGAACAUUGGGUGCCUUCCAGACAAGCUCGGCAUUACAGAAACCUUUAAGACCCCAAAUAUUAUAAUGAAGGACCUCAGGAACAUUUAAAUUGUCCUGACACUUGACAUGAAUAUAGUUUAAUACUUCACACUGAAUUUGGUGAUGAAAUAAUAUAGAUUAAAAUAUAUAUAUUUUACUGCAA